AUGAUUACAGGUUGGCGUAGGUUAAUCAAACCUUACGUAUACUCCACCAUUGCUAUUGGUAGCUCAGCGGCCACGGGGGAUUUUAUUUGUCAGUUUUUGGAACACAAAGCUGGCAAGAGAUCCACCAUUCCACUAUACCUAACCAAUCUUCCUUGGUGGGAUGUAAAACGAACCCUAAUCAUGUGUUCCACUGGUAUGCUCGUAACUACACCCUUCUCGUUCACUCUCAUGCGUACCGUCGAACAUGUCUUUCCUGGAAAACAAGCAAAACAAAUUGCUAAAAAGAUGCUCACUAAUUCUCUCAUGGCACCCAUCGGCAUAUCUCUAGCUUUUACAUCGAUCACAUUGAUGAAUGGCAAAACAUUUGAGCAGGCGGAAGAAAAAGUUAUCAAUGAUAUGCCAAAAACAUUUUUAGCUGGGACGUGCUAUUGGCCGUUCAUCUCAUUUAUCAACUUCCGCUUUAUACCACUGGAUUAUAGAGCAUUUAUAGGGAGUUUAGCAGCAGCAGUGUGGAAUGUCUACAUAUCAAGCGUAGCAAAUAAACAACCAAACGAAUCAACGACAGUACUACUACCAACAACGAGGUCGGAUUCGAAUGCUAGGACGAUCAUAGCACAACAGCAAGUGCCUGCGAAUUAA